AUGCAGUUUUUGGCUCCCUUAAUUGAAGCCAAGGAUGGCCACACCUACAAUGCGGAGGGGACGCUUUGCAUGGUGGUGGUUGACCCUGCUACCCGAAAGCUUUUGAUCCCCUGCAACUGCAUAUACCCCACCCGGGCGCAGCAGCGUGCCACAAUUCCAAGCCUGUGCCAGUUGUUCCUUCAAGGUCGGUGUCGUCAAGGCCCGCAGUGCCACCAGGUUCACGCGAGCGUGGAUGCGGUUGUGGCACUGCGAAGUCAAGUGGGAAGUCUUCCGUGGUGUUGCUCAUUCCACGGUGACGAGGACAUUGCUGGUGUGCUGAAUGAGGGCUCAUGGCUAGCGAAUGUGGUGGUGCACAUUCCCGAAAGUACAUAUGAAGGCGGCUACGUUCCGUUGAGCCGCAUUGGUUACACUGUGCCCAUUUCCAAGAUGCUAAAUGAGCUGAGUCCCGACAGUGUUCGUGCGCUUGAUUCUUACAGACAGGCCCUACAGGAAGGCUGUGCACCACUGGAAGGGCCCCCACUCGUUGUUCUUGAGGCAGGAGACAUACCCAUUUGUCGCCUUCAUGUCAAGGAGCGCUGCCGCUUCGCGGAGGAGUGCAGUUUUCUGCAUGUGUGCAAGGAGGUUGCGGCACGGGACCCACAACUCCCACUUGGCCGCCGAUCACGCCUGAAGGCUGCACAAAAGGAAUCUGCGUACAAAGUGUCUGAGCCGCUUGGCCAACACAUGUCACACACGGUGUCCUUGUCACCUUCCACGGGGUUUGCUGAGGCGUCGCGUGCAUGUCCGUCGUCUGUGCGAGGAUUUCCACUGGUUCAAAGAGGUGUUGCAAGUGGACAUAGUUCACUGGCAAACUCAUUGUGCCCGAAUGGUGAGAAUGCUGCGUGGAUGAAGCCUUUGCGUGAUUCAAGUUCGUUUGGCCAGAGCUGUGAGGCGUCAACAAAGGAAACUCCUACCAUGUCAGCCACAGUAUCCACACGGUGUUCCUUGGGCUACAGUGAUAUUCGCCAGCAGAAGCACAGGUUGGACGUCCUACGGAAGUCUUCACGUGUUCUUGUCUCGUGCGAUGGCCUCUGCUACUCUGAGGGAACUUCAGGAAGCGCGAUAGAGUCUACACCCGAGUUGCGAAGUGGAAACCUCGCUGAGGACUGCCGGAGGUCGCCCUUCUUUACGCGAGGGACGAUGUCCGAUUCCAUGGCCGCAUCCAGCCGAGACGAGGGGGCCAGUACCUCUUCCAUGAGUCUGUCGACAAGCUACCGCCACUGCAGUGGAGCCAAGUGGAGGCACGACCCAUAUAGCCUUUCGCGGGCCCGGAUGGGGGGCUGA